UCCUCUCAAACAGAGUCACUCUGUCAACAGAUUUCCUGCUUCCCUCCCAGCCAGAGACAGUUUGUCAGCGAAUCCAGUGCUGACGCACCUUCAUUGCACAAACUCACGACGUGUAGAGCAGAGAUCAGGGUGGUCUCAUUUCUCAGAAAGUGAAACUUAAACCGUCUCUGAGAGGAAAAAUGGCGCAGAAAGGAGUCCAGCUGGACCGAAAGAAUUUCUCCUGUUCAGUUUGUCUGGAUAUACUGAAAGAUCCGGUGAUGAUUCCCUGCGGACACAGCUACUGCCUGAAGUGUAUCAAAAACGUCUGGGAUGAAAAGAACAAGAAAGGCGUCUACAGCUGUCCUCAGUGCAGGCAGACCUUCACACCAAGGCCUGUCCUGGUGAAAAACAUCAUGUUGGCAGGAUUAACUGAGCAGUUGACUGGACUCGGAGCUUCACUUACUGAACAGAGUUAUGCUGGACCUGAAGAUGUGGCCUGUGAUAUUUGUACUGGGAGGAAACUAAAAGCUAUAAAGUCGUGUUUGAUGUGUUUGGUGUCUUAUUGUGAGAAACACCUGCAGCCUCAUUACGACGUGGCUCAGUUAAAGAAGCACCAGCUGGUGCAGCCCUCCAAGCAGCUCCAUGACAACAUCUGCUCCCGUCACGAUGAGGUGAUGAAGAUGUUCUGCCGCACCGAUGAGCAGACCAUCUGUUACGUCUGCAUGGUGGAUGAACAUAAAGGUCACGACGUGGUUUCGGCUGCAGCAGAGAGGAAGGAGAAGCAGAAAGAUCUGGAGGUGAAGAGAGGAGAAAUCCAGCAGACAAUUCAAGAUGGAGAGAGAAACAUGAAGCUGCUUCAGCAGGAAGUGAACACCAUUAACGACUGUGCUAAUAAAGCAGUGGAGAACAAUGACAGUAUCUUCUCUGAGGUGAUGCGUCUCAUUCAGAAAAAAAGCUGUGAGGUGAAGCAGCAGAUCAGAUCCCAGCAGGAAUCUGAAGUGAGUCGAGUCAGAGAUCUUCAGGAGAAGCUGGAGCAGGAGAUCUCUGAGCUGAAGAGGAAAGAUGCUGAGCUGGAGCAGCUCUCUCAUACAGAGGAUCGCAUCCAGUUUCUGCAGAAAUACCCCUCACUGUCUGCUUUUAGUGAGACCAAACACUCAUCCAGCAUCGAUGUUCGUCCUCCGAGGUACUUUGAAGAUGUGACAGCAGCCUUGUCAAAGCUGAGAGAUGAACUGCAGGACAUCCUGAAGGAGAAAUGGACAAACAUCUCACUGAAAGUCACUGAGGUGGAUUUUCCACUGUCAGAACCAAGAACCAGAGAUGACUUCCUACAAUAUUCACAGGAAAUCACCUUGGAUCCAAACACAGCUCAGAUGAACCUCCUACUGUCUGAGGGGAACAGGAAGGUGACCCUUGUGAAACAAAGUCAGUUCUAUCCCGAUCACCCAGAGCGGUUGUCAGUUAAGUUCCAGAUCCUGAGUAAACAGAGUUUGUCUCAGCGAUGUUACUGGGAGGUGCAGUGGGGAGGACAAGGAGGACGAGGAAGUUAUGUGGCAGUCGCAUACAGGGAUGUCUAUAAAACAGACAGUGUGUUUGGACAAAAUGACAAAUCCUGGUCUUUAUUUUGUUGCCCAAACAAUCAUCAAUUUUGGUACAACAGCAUCCGAACUUCCAUCCCUGGUUCUGAGUUCUCCAGAGUUGGAGUUUACCUGGACCAACCAGCUGGUACUCUGUCGUUCUACAACGUCUCAGAGAACAUGACUCUUAUCCACAGAGUCCAGACCAGCUUCACUCAGCCGCUCUACGCUGGAAUACAACUCUGGUUCAGCAUCGGAGACACAGCCGAGAUCUGUAAACUGAAAUAA